AUGCAUUUCUCCAAAAUCUUCGCUGGUGUUGCCAUGGCAUCCACGGUCAUGGCUGCCCUCACGCCUCAGCAGAUUGCUGAUGGUAUCAAACUGAUCACCCAGAAGUCCCAGGCCCUUCAGGCUCCCGCCCAGAGCAUUACCACGCUCAACGGCCCCCUAAUUGCCAUUGGCCAGGGCCCAUAUCCUACAAUUAUCAAUGGGUUUACUGAUAUUGUGAGCACUGCGAACACGCUCAUCGCCCAGUUUCCCGGAACCGCGCCGAUUACGAAAAGAAGCGAGGCAGGCGAGAGAGAGCACCCUAAGGGCCUGAUCGCCCGUGGGCCUGAUGCCCAGACGUUUGUUGCUGUCCACCAGGCCCUGUUGAACAUCCUCAUCGGCAAAGCUGGCCUCUUCUCGGUUGUUCCUGUUAUCGGCCAGCCCGUCGCUACUUCCCUCCGAGGAGUUGAAGGCGUUGUUGAUAGCAUUGCUAUCACCCUCAUUCAACUUAUCCGGGACCCGACUGCCGAUAUCACCCCUGAUGCGAACUCUCUUGACGCCACCCUCACACUGUCAAUUGACGUAUAUGAAGGUCUUCUGUCUUAA